CCUAAGUCCUAGGUCUAAUUUUCCCCUUUCUGAGUUAAAAAAAUACUCAAAACGAAAAAUCUUGUCAACACUUUACCAUCUUCCCAGAACCCUGUUUCCUCUUUUACAAAUUUAAUGGAGAAAAAAAUUGUUUGAAAAUUCAGAUACUUGGCAAUUUUGAGAGAGGGGGAUGGCUACAAACACAACGAUGAAGAGCAGUUCGAUUUUACCAAUGGCAGCAAGCGAUCCUCCGCCAAGAAUGGAAGAGAAGCUCUUCAGAGGUUCAGCCAUGACCAAACGCGGUGCUUAUGCUGCCAUUUCUUACAUGAUCUGUGCUGUUCUCUUGAUAUUAUUCAACAAAGCAGCUCUUUCUUCGUACAACUUCCCUUGUGCCAAUAUCAUCACCCUGUGUCAGAUGAUAUGUUCAUGUUGUUGGCUUUAUAUGUUGCGACGCUGGAAGCUUAUUUCUUUUAAUAGCAAUGAAUCCCUUGCCAUCAGCGAGAGUUCCAAAACUUUGGUGCCAUUGAAGACAUUGAUUGACACUUCACCGCUUGCCUUCACCUAUUUGCUUUACAUGCUAGUUACCAUGGAGUCUGUUCGAGGCGUAAAUGUACCCAUGUACACAACCCUUCGGAGAACAACUGUUGUAUUCACAAUGGUCGUGGAAUAUGUUCUCGCGAGGCAGAAGUAUACACGUCCUAUUCUGGGAAGUGUGGCAUUGAUUAUGAUGGGUGCUUUCAUUGCUGGAGCUCGGGAUUUAUCAUUUGAUUCCUAUGGUUAUCUUGUGGUCUUCUUGUCCAACAUCUCCACAGCAAUAUAUCUCGCUACUAUAUCCCGCAUUGGAAAAUCCAGCGGGCUCAAUAGCUUUGGCCUCAUGUGGUGCAAUGGAAUCUUGUGUGGGCCCAUUCUAUUGCUGUGGACACUUUUUCGUGGUGACUUGGAGAUGACAAUGAAUUUCCCAUAUUUGCUUUCACCUGGUUUCCUGAUCGUAUUGCUUCUCUCCUGCGUACUGGGUUUCUUUAUAAAUUACAGUAUAUUCCUCAACACAACCUUGAAUUCAGCACUCACUCAGACAAUCUGUGGUAAUUUAAAGGAUCUCUUCACAAUUACACUAGGAUGGAUGAUAUUCGGUGGGCUCCCAUUUGACUUGUUGAAUGUCAUCGGGCAACUUCUAGGUUUCAUUGGAUCGGGAUUGUAUGCCUAUUAUAAGCUCAUUGGAAAGUGACUGCUAAAUCUGCUAACUUAGUCGAGAAGCUUGGCUGCAUUUUUAGAUACUGAUACAGAAUACAUAUUUGGAUUGUUGGGACUCCACUUUUUGAGAUAAUUUUUGUGCCAUUAGACAUUGUGAAUUAGAGUUGUUAUUGUUUUCCUCUGAAUUCGUACUGUAGAGGGAAUAAAAAUUGUAAAGGAUGGUGUACGACGAACACUUUCUUGGGACAUCUCAUCAAUUUGUAAAGAUUAUCUAAAUAGUGAAGGACAACAAAUAUUUUAUUAUUA